UUUCCCCUUAUACAUGAAAAAAAAAAAAAAAUAGCGAUUGGAUCCCAACUAUGCUCUACAAUACUUUUCAAUGAAACAAAAUCCAAAGAUCAAGAGAAAUGCGAUGCAUGCAUAUAUCACCUAUAUGAUCUAUACCGAUAUCACUAAUAAUAGUUCUUCCGGCAUGGAUAGAAAAAUCAAACCAUAUACAUCACCAACUUCAUACAUUGAAGAAAAGAAACAUCACAACAAACGUUCAAGUGAAGAACUAGAAACUACAUUUUCUGUUCACAACCAUUCACCAAACAAAAAACAACAAUAUUCUUCUACUCAUCAUUCCUCAUCAACUUCUUAUGGAUCAUCCCCUUUAUCUCCUUCAUCCAAUACUAUUUUACAUGGUCAACGUCAACGACAUCAUCAUCCUCAUCAACAACAACAACAACAACAAGAUCAACCCUCAAAUUCUUUUUCUUUAUUACCAACUUCCACUUCCUCUUCUUCUUCUUUAUUACAUCAUCGUCCAUUGACUGCCUUUUUAUGGGACAACAAUACCAAUUCCACCAAUAAAUCCAAUACAACAACCUUAUCAUCUCGUACUAGUAUGGUUUUACCUCCUUUAGCACCACCUUCAACUCGACAAACAUUAUUGUAAAUAGUAUUUAUCUAUCCUUUCUGUAUGCUUAUCAUUUAUUCCAAUUACUUUUCCCCAACUUUUUAA